AUGGACAUGCGCGGGAAACUGGGCGAAUGUCGCUCCGUAUCACACGAUACCAUGCGGAGUGGGCGAAGUGGUAAAUCCUCGCCGCGCGUGGCGCAUUUCGACGGCGAAGUUCCUCCUGCACUUUCCCCGCUCGACGCAUUCGCCGCUCAGAGCCGACUUCUGGCCCGACAACUCGAUGAGUCUCGACGAAGAGAUCGCCGCAUGAGUCGGCUGCCGCCGGCGAGUGUCGCUCGAUCGCUUUCACAAGGCCGCCCGGGCUUCGGCCGCUCCAAGUCGUCGACUGAAGCCCGCACCGAACUGACUCGUCAACCCACGCAGAAGGGAGUCCCGGAAUACUCAGAGCCCAAGUACCGCCCUAUUUCAGAACAUCCUCGGUUCAGCUCGGUUUCCAAUGCUAGCACCGAAGCUAGCUAUUACGAGGAUGAUGAUAAUGCGACACCCCGGACAACGAUGAUCGAUACUGGCCCGGAGGCGUAUGGAAUUGGUCGCGCAGAGUCGCCAUAUGAUAUGCCGUCACGCGCAAGUGAAGUGGAGGAUGCGCUUGUUGGUGUUGCGAUUGCUGAGCCGGAAGGUUCGUCGAUCGAUUCAUCAAGUUCGCGACUGCACAUUCCACGCACCUUGGCACCGCCAGUGUCGCCACGGUCGCGCCCAUCCAGUAGUGGGAAGGUGGCCCACCCUGAGAGUUCCGACGAUGACUACAGCAGCUCUAAUGCUGGAUCGACGUUCUCUAAGCCUCGCAAGCUGUCUUCUGGAAGUGCUGUAUCAUUGCCAUAUUCUCCCAUGUCGACAUUCCCUGCACGAGCACACCCUCGAUCGCCAUCCAUGAGCUCGGAGACAUCAGGCACGGGAGUGAACCAGCUACUCCGCCCUUCUUUUAAUUUCUCUCGACCUCUGAGUCGGUCGAGUACGACCUUGUCUGCUCCCGGGGCUUCGACGCCUACCGAACCGAACCUUGGGUCCUCGUCGAACCAUAUGUCCCGUCGCAGCAAGCCGACUCCGCUCAACUUGCAGCUAUCGAACGAAGACGCUGCUGCGAUCGCAGCCAUGGAGGGCGAGCCGUCGUCCGCUGUCUCAUCGUAUGUGUACACCAAGUAUGCGCUUCCGCGCGGGCGCUUCCUUUCGCGGGAUUCUGUUGUCUUUGCGGGCCUGCAAACGCCUCAUUUCGAGUGGGACGAGCCCAUGUUUGAGAAAACGCCUCCCCGGCAUUCAGAGGAAUCACCACGGAUGGCACGCACACCAUCUCCUACACCCCGCCGCCAAUUGCAGCAUUCACCGAAGCCUCACUCGAUGCAUGAAGUUCCAGCUUCGAAGCGUCAGUCUCCAACACCGGAACCCCAACUUCAAUCUCCACCUCAAUCUCCACCUUCACCUCAGCCUCAACUUGCACCUCAAACACCCAAGUCUCACCGAGUUCCACAACCUCCACCUGUGCCCGAAUCGCCAGUGCCGCUAGUGGAGCCGGCACCACGGCCCUUUGUUGACAGCACCCGACAGACGAUCAACGAGAGGGAUGAAACUGUCUCUUCUGCAGAUUCGGCCAGCACCAUGCGGCCCCAAACCGCCACAGCUCCGGUGACAGCUUCCGGCCUCACGGCAGACGAGCAUGUCGCUAAGGGCAUUGAAUGCCACGAGCGCGGAUCACUGAGCGAGUCAACGUAUCAUCUACGGGUUGCCGCAAAACAGAACCAUCCGACGGGAAUGUUACUUUAUGCGCUGGCCUGUCGACACGGUUGGGGUAUGCGAUCUAAUGAGAAGGAGGGCGUACGAUGGUUACGCAAAGCUGUGGAUUCCGUCGGAUUGGAAAUGUUGGCCGAUCCGGAUGCUCCCGGUGCGUCGAAGGCAAAGGAACUGCAAAAAGCAUACCGGGCUCAAUUUGCCCUGAGCAUUUAUGAACUGGGUGUCAGCUACUUGAAUGGCUGGGGUAUCGAACAGGACAAGCCUCUGGCCCUGCGGUGCUUCGAGAUCGCUGGCCAAUGGGGCGAUGUUGACGCCAUGGCUGAAGCCGGAUUCUGCUACGCGGAGGGCGUUGGCUGUAAGAAGGACAUGAAGAAGGCGGCGCGCUUUUAUCGCCAGGCUGAGUCUAAGGGUAUGAGCAUGGUUGGAAACAGCUGGAUCUACAAGGACAAGUACAAUGAGACCGAGCCUACUACACGCUCCCGUGGCCGAAAUGCUAGCGGAGACAAAGAGAAGGAGAAGAAGCCUCGCAGCAAGUCCCGCACUCGCGGUAUCUUCCAACGCAAGAAAUCUAUCGUUCCAGAGGCAUAG